UGUCAUAUUAUCAAUGUCAAAUCAAACGGCGUUUGUUUUCAUUAGCUUCUGAAAUUGUUUUUAGUUGAUAACUUUGUGAAAUAAAUAUUAAAUAUUAUUAAAAAUGAAAACUGACACGGCUCCAGCACCGGAUAAACCAAAAAUACCAUUACCAACAGUAUCGCAAAUCAAUUCUGAUAGAAUUACUCAGCUUGCAAACCAGUACUGGUCCCCUCAGACCAAGGAAAACCACCUACCUUAUGAUGCUGCAAUUGUGGAGUCCAUAUACCAAGCUGAAAUCCUUGGCUCAAAUUUCUCAGUGCGUCGCAUCAUGAUGCUGGAGUUCUCACAGUACCUGGAGGGCUACCUGUGGCCGCACUACCGCGCCGGCGCGACGCACGCGCACAUGAUGUCCAUCGUUGUGAUGAUUAAUGAGAAGUUCCGCGAGCGUGUGCAGGCUUGGACGGCCUUCCUCAAGCACCCGGAGCACUACCCCGCAUUCUUCCAGCAAGUCCUCAAGGCGACCAUCUCUUCAGACAGCAGCAGCCGCAACAUGCGCGAGCAGACGGCGCUGCUGCUGUUCCUCAACCACUGCUUCGGCAGCAUGGAGGUGGCGCUGUGCCGCGACCAGGUCAAGCGGCUCGUGUCGCUCAGCAUGUGGCUCAGUUUACAAGAAGGCCGCAGAAACCAAGAGUUCAAAGCUGUCCCGAAAUGGCGCAAGUACUGGAAGGCCAUCCAGAAGAAGGACAAGCCGGAGCAGCUGGAACAGCUGACCUGGGAGCGGCGCUACCUGCAGCGGCUCAUGGUGCGCUUCAUGGGAGUUCUAGACGCCGUGCCGGAGGAAGGUGACGUCGAUGUCCAUGUCGUCAGAUACUGCGAGCGCUUCCUCGAGCUGAUGAUAGACCUUGAAGCCCUCCUCCCUACCCGGCGGUUCUUCAACACGGUGCUGGACGACUGCCACCUGGUGGUGCGCUGCCAGCUGUCGGCGUUGGCGCGCCGCCCCGAGGGACAGCUGUUCACGCAGUUGCUGCAAAUGCUGAAGUUCUACGCGCGGUUCGAGAUCAGCGACGAGACCGGCGACCCCAUGACGGACCGCGACAUGACGCUGCUGCACUACUCGCGCAUCACCUCGCUACAGAAAGCGGCGUUCGCCAAGUUCCCCGACCUGCGCAAGUUCUCCCUCGCCAACGUGGCCAGCGUGGACACAAGGGAGACGCUGCAGAAACACUUCGGCAACUUGAGUGACAAAGCUCUCCGUGCCAUCGCCACGCACCUGAACCUCGUGCCCCCGGAGGGCAAGGAGGAGGAGUUCCCCUGGCACCGCCUCGACAAGGACUUUCUGACGGAACUGUUGAUAUCACGUCACGAGCGGCGGAUAUCCCAGCUGGAAGAGCUCAACUCGAUGCCUCUCUACCCGACCGAAGCCGUCAUCUGGGACGAGAACGUGGUCCCGACGGAGAUCUACGGCGGCGACAGCUGUCUCGCGCUGCCCAAGCUCAACCUGCAGUUUCUGACGCUGCAUGAUUACCUGCUGAGGAACUUUAACUUGUUCCGCCUCGAGAGCACUUAUGAAAUCAGACAAGACAUAGAAGACGCAGUCUACAGGCUAGCACCAUGGCGCGCAGAAGACGGCGGCGUAUACUUCGGCGGCUGGGCGCGCAUGGCGCACCCGAUCCAGAGCUUCGCCGUGGUGGAGGUGGCCAAGCCGCUCAUAGGCGAGCGCGCGCCGUCCCGCGUGCGCGCCGACGUCACCGUCACGCUCAGCGUCAGGCACGAGAUCAAGCACGAGUGGGAGAACCUGAGGAAGCAUGAUGUGUGCUUCUUGAUCACUGUGAGGCCGACGCAGCCUAUAGGCACAAAGUACGACUACCGUCGCUCGAUGGUGGAGCAGGCCGGCAUCGUGUACGUGCGAGGCUGCGAGGUGGAGGGCAUGCUGGACGCGGCGGGGCGCGUGCUCGAGGAGGGCCCGGAGCCGCGGCCCGCGCUGCCCGCCGACACCCGCACCUUCCGCCUGCUGCUCGACGCCAACCAGUACGCAGCCGACCUGGACACCGCCAGCACCGGCAACGAGGACGUAUACGAAACGUUCAACAUCGUGAUGCGCCGCAAGCCCAAGGAGAACAACUUCAAAGCUGUCCUAGAAACCAUACGCGAGCUCAUGAACACCGAGUGCGUGGUGCCGGAGUGGCUGCACGACAUCGUGCUGGGGUACGGGGACCCGGGGCAGGCGCACUACACCAGAAUGCCCAACGAGAUAGCGACACUAGACUUCAACGACACAUUCCUGAACAUGGACCACCUGCGCGCGAGCUUCCCCGGGUACGAGAUCAAGGUGCAGACGAAUGACCCCAAGAAACUCGUGAGGCCUUUCAAGCUAACCUUCGAGAACGUGGUCCGCAAGCAGCAACUGGGCCCGGAGGCGAUGGAAGAAGACGAGGAGCGCAAGGUGGUGGUGGUGGAGCCGCACGUGCAGCCGCGCCGCGGGCCCUACCUCUACAACGAGCCCAAGAAGAACAACAUCCUGUUCACGCCGACGCAGGUGGAGGCGAUCCGCUCCGGCAUGCAGCCCGGCCUCACGCUCGUCGUGGGGCCGCCCGGGACCGGUAAAACCGACGUAGCCGUGCAAAUAAUCUCCAACAUCUACCACAACUUCCCCUGGCAGCGCACUCUGGUGGUGACCCACAGCAACCAGGCGCUCAACCAACUAUUCGAGAAAGUGGCAGAGUUGGAUGUGGAUGAGAGACAUUUGCUCCGUCUCGGUCACGGAGAGGAGGCGCUGCAGACUGACAAGGACUUUUCGAGAUACGGGCGAGUAAACUACGUGCUAGCCAAGCGGCUGGAACUACUGGACUCGGUGUCGCGGCUACACGGCAGCCUGCAGUGCGCCGGCGACACGGGCACCUGCGAGCUGGCGCACCACUUCUUUGUGUACCACGUCAGGCCGAGGUGGCACGCCUUCCGCGACUCUAGGGCUGCUGACCAGUCGAAGUCGGUGGAGGCGAUCAGCCGCGAGUUCCCGUUCCACGAGUUCUUCGACGACGCGCCCAAGCCGCUGUUCCCGGGACGAGACUAUGACGAGGACAUGGAGGUGGCCGAGAGCUGCUGGAGAUACAUAUCGCACAUGUUCGAGGAGCUAGAAGAGUUCCGCGCGUUCGAGCUGCUCCGCUCGGGGCUGGACCGCUCCAAGUACCUGCUGGUGCGCGAGGCCAAGAUCAUCGCCAUGACCUGCACGCACGCCGCCUUGAAGCGCUCCGAGCUCGUGCAGAUGGGCUUCAAAUACGACAACAUCCUGAUGGAAGAGUCCGCGCAAAUCCUCGAGAUCGAGACCUUCAUUCCACUGCUGCUCCAGAACCCUCAGGACGGGCGCUCGCGGCUCAAGCGCUGGAUCAUGAUCGGGGACCACCACCAGCUGCCUCCUGUUGUGAAGAACAUGGCCUUCCAGAAGUAUUGUAAUAUGGAGCAGAGUCUGUUCACCAGGAUGGUGAGGCUGGGGGUGCCGUAUGUGGAGCUGGACGCGCAGGGGCGAGCCAGGCCCAGCAUCUGCAACCUAUACCGCUGGCGGUAUCGCGCACUGGGCGACCUCCACCACGUGUCGCGCCGGCCCGAGUACCGCGCGGCCAACGCCGGUCUGCGACACGACUUCCAGCUGAUUGACGUGCAGGACUUCAACGGACACGGCGAGACCGAGCCCAGCCCCUACUUCUAUCAGAACCUAGCGGAAGCGGAGUACGUAGUGGCAGUGUUCAUGUACAUGCGCCUGAUUGGCUGGCCGGCGGAGCGCAUCUCCAUACUGACCACUUACAACGGACAGAAGCACCUCAUCCGUGACGUCAUCGACAAGCGGUGCGCGGGAAACCCGCUCAUUGGUCGCCCGCACAAGGUGACAACAGUAGACAAGUACCAGGGGCAGCAGAACGACAUCGCCCUAGUCUCACUAGUGAGAACGCGCGCGGUCGGGCACGCGCGCGAUCUGCGGCGGCUGGUGGUGGCGUGCUCCCGUGCAAGGCUCGGGCUGUACAUCUUCGCGAGGUCCACGCUGUUCCGGAACUGCUUCGAGCUGCAGCCCACGUUUAAUCAGUUACUCGAGCGUCCGCUAGAACUGGAACUAGUGCCGGGCGAGCGCUACCCGGCGCAGCGCGGCGCCGGCGCCCCCGUGCCGCCCGCGCUCGCCAUGACUGUGAGAGACAUGCCGCACAUGGCGAGAUACGUGUACGACUUGUAUCUUGAAAGGGUGCGGGACUGCAAGCAGAGCUACGAGCGCGCGCAGCCAGCCUGGUCAGCCCCGGGGACAGCCACAGCAGCACAGUCGCAGGACCCGCAGCACCACGUGCCGGCGCACCCCGGCGGCGACAGCGACGACGAGCCCGACUUCCAGCCCACCGAGAUCGUCAACGAGGUGCCCGACGACGCGUGACGGGUUAAUGAGUGGCAGUGUAAGGGUUAAUAAAUAUGUGUAAGUGAAAUUUUGAA